AUGUUGUCGGUCAGUCGAGUCAAGUCGAUGUUGUUGAAUGUUGUAAAAAGUUUCAUUCAAAAUAUGAAAUUACAACAAUUAAAUUUUCAAAAGUGGAUAAAGAAGAAAUCAAAUCAAAGAGGAUUAAACUGUAAAUUGAUGGGGGAAAAGUUGAUGUACUCACCAAUAUCAUCGGAUUUGUAG